CUUCUGUUCAAGUCCAUGCAGGUCCUACGUACUCCCUCCCAUCUUUCUGUUUGCUUUGCCUUUAAAACACUCAUCUGAUUUUCUUCUUCAGAUGCCAAAGUUUGUUAAGAAAAUAAUGAUGAAUAUGUUCUUCCCUCGACUUCUUCUUCAUUCUCUUUUGGUGGUUUGCUUUGCAGCCCUUGCUUUCGGAGCUGCUCGAUUGCCACAAGAUGAAGUGCAAGCUUUAGCUGACAUAGCAAAGACACUAGGGAAGACGGGCUGGGAUUUCAGCGUAGAUCCAUGCAGCGGCCAACUUCCAUGGACUAAUAUAUCGGCAGUCAAACAAUUUGAGAGUGCCGUCACCUGUAAUUGCUCCUUUGACGACUCCACUGUCUGCCAUGUUACCAGCAUAGUUUUGAAAACUCAGGAUUUGCCAGGAACACUCCCACGAGAAAUGGUCAGGCUCAAAUAUCUGCAAGUAAUCGACCUCACCCGGAACUACCUGAAUGGUACCAUCCCUCCAGAAUGGGGCUCCCUUCGACUUGUCAACAUCUCCCUUAUUGGAAAUCGUUUGACAGGUCCUAUCCCGGUAGAGUUUGCAAACAUCACCACCCUGCAGAGUUUGGACCUCAGUUCCAACUUUCUCUCUGAACCUCUCCCUGAGGAGCUUGGGAAUUUCCCACACAUGGAAAGAAUGCUUCUUUCUUCAAACAAGUUCACUGGGUAUUUGCCAGAUUCAUUUGCAAACCUUAUCACAUUAAAGGACUUUCGGAUCGGUGACACGAACUUUUCUGGGGAGAUACCUAAAUUUAUUGAGAAGUGGACAAAUCUUGAAAAACUUGUGAUUCAGGGUAGUGGUUUGACGGGGAAAAUUCCUGGCGGCAUCUCUCUGUUGACAAGCUUAACUGACUUGAGAAUUACUGACUUGAUUGGACCUGAAUUAAACUUCCCUCAGCUCGACAAUAUGAAAAACAUGAGGACACUGAUGUUGAGGAGUUGCAAUAUUAUCGGAGGGCUACCUCCAUAUCUCGGGCAAAUGCCUAAAUUGAAUACUUUAGACCUCAGCUAUAAUAAGCUGACCGGAGAAAUUCCAAGCAGCUUCGCUAGUCUAGCAAAUGCGGAUUAUAUAUUCUUAACUGGAAACUUGUUGACUGGAUCCGUGCCUACUUGGCCGACAGGCUACGUUGAUCUUUCAUUUAACGUGUUCACCAUAUGGAACACAAGUUGUCAAUCAAAGGGCUUGAACUUGUUUGACAGCAAUAGUUCAGGAGGUUCAUGUUCCACAGCUGCAAAAUGUCCAAAAACUAUGUACUCCUCCUUUCAUAUUAAUUGUGGUGGUAAAGAAGUAACCAUUGAAAAUAAAACAUAUGAGGAUGACACAUUUUCAGCUGGACCUUCAUCAUUUUACCAGAGCAGAACAAACUGGGCAUUAAGCAGCACCGGUUACUUCCCUGAUGAUGACCACCCUACGGACAACUUUAUAUGGACUAAUGACUCUAUACUCUCUAUGGCCAAUCCUCAACUUUACAUGAACGCACGGCUUUCUCCCAUCUCUCUAACUUACUUUGGGUCUUGUCUGCAAAAUGGAAUAUACACCGUAAAACUCCAUUUUGCAGAGUUAAUGUUUAGAAACGGAAACACAUAUAAAAGCCUGGGAAGGCGAGUAUUUGAUAUUUACAUUCAGGAUAUGCUAGUACGGCAGAAUUUCAAUAUUAUGGAUGACGCUAGUGGGUUUGGUAAUGUAGUCAUACUAAAGUUCGUCGCUAUUGUAACUAGUCGUACCUUGAAGAUCCAUUUCAAUUGGGCUGGCAAAGGGACGACAGGCAUCCCUGUUGGAGGAGUCUAUGGUCCUCUUAUAUCAGCUAUUUCGGUGGAACGUGCAGUCGACAAUAGCUCAACAAAAAAUGGAAGUAGCAUAUCACCUGGUGUAGGUGUAGGUGCAGUGGUUGUUGUGGCCGGAGGAAUCUUUAUUAUAUUAGUGAUACUUAGUAUUCUUUGGAGGAGAGGCUCCCUAGGACAACAAAAGACAUUGGAGGAUGAUUUGAAGGGUGUGGACCUGCAAACUGGUAAGUUUACAUUCAAGCAACUCAAAGCUGCCACAACCAACUUUGACAAAGCAAAUAAGAUUGGCGAAGGUGGUUUUGGUUCCGUUUAUAAGGGCAUUCUAGCAGAUGGCACCAUGAUUGCUGUUAAGCAGCUUUCUUCCAAAUCAAAGCAAGGGAAUCGUGAAUUUGUGAAUGAGAUAGGCAUGAUUUCUGCUUUGCAACACCCUCAUCUUGUUAGCCUCUACGGAUGUUGUAUUGAAGGAAAUCAACUAUUGCUUGUCUACGAGUACAUGGAAAAUAAUAGCGUUGCUCAUGCUUUGUUCGGGGCAGGAGAAAGUCGUUUGAAGUUGGAUUGGCCAACAAGGCACAAGAUCUGCAUUGGUAUAGCGAGAGGUCUGGCUCACCUCCAUGAGGAAUCAAGAUUGAAGGUCGUUCAUAGAGAUAUAAAGGCAACUAAUGUGUUGCUUGAUAAAAAUCUAAACCCAAAAAUAUCUGACUUUGGAUUAGCCAAACUUGAUGAAGAAGAUAAUACACACAUUAGCACUCGUAUUGCUGGAACUUUUGGCUAUAUGGCACCUGAAUAUGCAAUGCGGGGUUAUUUGACUGAUAAAGCAGAUGUUUAUAGUUUUGGAAUUCUUGUAUUGGAGAUUGUUAGUGGGAGGAACAACACAAGUUACCGAACAAAGGCAGAAUGCUUUUAUCUUCUUGAUUGGGCAACUCUCCUUAAAGCGCAAGGGAAUUUGUUGGAUCUAGUGGAUCCACGGUUGGGUUCAAACUUCAACAAAAAAGAGAUGAUGGUUACAAUCAAUGUGGCUCUCCUUUGCUCUAGUGUCACUUCAGCAGUUAGGCCUACUAUGUCUUCAGUUGUGAGCAUGCUUGAAGGCAGGGUUGCUGUUCAGGAGCUAGUCUCAGAUCCAAAUCCCUCAAGUAAUGAGAUCGAUGCGAUGAGGAACCAUUUUCAAUCCUAUUUAGAAGGGAGUGCAGGUGAGAGCCAGAUACAAACCGAGUCAAUUGAAGAGCCAAGCACUAUUUCAUAUGCGUCUGGUCAUGAUCUUUAUCCAAUCAAUCCUGAUUCGAACUACAGAGAGAACAUAAAUAAGAGAAAUUGGGAAACUGUUUGAUUGAUGAUUGUCAACAUAUUAUUUUUGAAAGAAGGAUAGUUAUUUUUUUAAGAGUUUAUAAAUAUUGGUGAAAUAAGAAUUAAAGAAGUUUCCAGCAUAAUAAUUGUUAAGUGUGAAAUCAACGGUUUCCAUGAACUUGUCUUUUUAGUUCUUGUAAUUUUGAUAAAACUGAUUUUCUUAUUUUAUAACUGCAAUAUUGGAUCAA